AGUGACCGACUGCUCAUUAAAGGUGGAAGAAUUAUCAAUGAUGACCACUCCUUCUAUGCAGACCUAUACCUUGAAGAUGGACUUAUAAAGCAAAUAGGAGAAAAUCUGAUUGUUCCUGGAGGAGUCAAGACCAUAGAGGCUAAUGGGCGCAUGGUUAUUCCUGGGGGAAUAGAUGUCAACACCUACCUACAAAAGCCUUACCAAGGAAUGACUGCUGUUGAUGACUUCUAUCAAGGCACAAAAGCAGCGCUAGCAGGGGGCACCACGAUGAUCAUUGACCACGUGCUUCCAGAACCUGGAUCAAGUUUACUGACCUCCUUUGAGAAGUGGCAUGAGGCAGCUGACACCAAAUCCUGUUGUGAUUACUCUCUCCAUGUGGACAUCACCAGCUGGUAUGAUGGGAUUCGAGAAGAGCUGGAAAUACUGGUGCAAGAUAAAGGUUAG